AUGGCGCUGAGCUACUGCGCCUCUCCGCGUGCCGAGGACGCAUACAUCGCGCAAAGACCGGCGGCGGAUGUGAAGAGGAAUGCGCGCAGUCGCUUAGGCCCGUCAUCUGCCGGCACGCUGUCAGAUCGAAGGCUGCUCCAUCUCAACAGUCGCAGGAGAAACGUGCGCUGCGGACUCGGAUCUUCAUCCUUUUCACGUUCGCGGCGAGGCAGCUGGACGCCUCCGCGCUUUUCUUCUUCUGCGGGACUCGUCCCAGACGACGACAAGCCCGUCGACGACAAGGACGACUUUUUCCUUUCCGUUCUCCCCUUCUUCUUGCAAAAUCUGGUCUCCUCCUUCCUCAUCUCACCCAACUUCUCUUCUCCGCCGGCCGACGUCGCCGUCUCGUCUCCUCACGCCUCCAACACGGCCGCGCCGGCACCGCCCACGCCACCGGCAAAAGCCGCGCCGUCUUCUUCUUCUUGUCCCUCGCCUCUCCACUUUGUCUCGCUCCUCUCCGUGAACGCCUCCUCCUCUGCACUCCCGGCGUACGCGCCGUCCCCCGCUGCCACCUCGCUCCAGCCCGCGGCCUCAGCGGCGGCGGAGCCUGAGGCCUCCGGAGACGGAAAGACUGGAGAGAGCUCGUUCCGCGCCGUUGCCCAGAGGCGCGGCGACUACGAAGAGGCGUACGAUGCGUUCGUGGCUGUAGCGCAGCGCGUUGUUCGCAGCUUUUUCCUGCGACCCUCGCAUUCCUCGUCUGCUGGCGAGGAUCAACUGCCUGUCGAGGGCACUCGCCUCGCGGCGAAGACUGCGUUUUACGGCCUCCUGACCGCGGCCUGCUCCGCGGCGUACACGGCCGCGGCGCGCGCAGCUGAGGCCGGCGAGCGGCUCUCCGACCUCGCAGGCUACUACUCCUCGUCGCACCCUUCGUUCUCCUCUCCGUUCUCUUCGUCUUUCUCUUCUUCGGGUUCCUCUUCGCUCUCCGCGUCGUCGUCGGCUGUCUCCUUCUCGUCUGACCUCUCCGCAGCGUGCGCCGCCGCGCUUUCGAGCUUCGCGACGGCCGUUCGGAGCCUGCGCGGCGACGAGGAAGGCGAGUACAGCGAAGAAGGAGACGACGGCUUCUUCACCUCGCUCUCUCAGCUGAUUGAGCUCGGCGCAGGGAACUCUCUCUGUCCGCGGCGCGCGCCUCGCGGGACGCGAGUGAGAGUCGCGCCGCGGCUGUGUCAGCCUCUCCCAGCCGACGGCGACGCCGAGGACAGGUCCUCGCCGUCGCCUCCGCCGCGCAGGAGACGGCGCGUGGAAGUCUCUUCUCUGUUUGGAGCGGAUUCAGACGGCGCGGCUCCGCUGCCUGGAAGCGAAGCCUGGUUCUCGAGCGACUUUGAGGAAGCGCGAGAGUUGGAAAGUGUGUGUUCUCGCUGGUCGAGCUGCGUCUCUCUCCUCCCCAGCGGCUCGCCAGACUUUGCGGGGUUCUCCGGUGGAGACGAGCUCGGAAGACGCGGCAAGCGCAGGCGCCAGACGCGUGGAGCUUCCUCGCCAGCGACGGCCGGCUCCCAGUCGAGCGCCUCCUCGCCUCGAGAGAGCGACAACGAAGACGAGGCGGCCUGCGCGCGGGCGCGUGAGCAGAGAGCGACAAGCGUGCGGAAGCACUCGGCCUUCAACUACGACCCUCGCCAGUUCGCCCAGGAAGCGGCCGAGCGGCUCGCCGCUGUCGCAGCCGCAAUCUUUCUUCAGCUGCGCGGAGGAGAUCCCGAGCGCGACGCCCCUGUCGCGGGCGGCAGAAGCGCAAGCAGCGAGGCCGAUCGAGGUGUGCUACGCGACUGCGAGUCUGGCGAGCCGCGGGAGGCAGGCGGCGCCCCGAAGCUCUCCAGAGGAGACAGACGCCACGCGCCUUCUCCUUCUGAACCCACGGGCGCCGCGAGUCCGUCGGCGGCGAGCUCACACCGCGCCACACGUCUGCUGAGUCGAACCAGCAGCGCGAGUGCAGUCAGGUCGGAGUGCGCAUGCGCGGUAGCAGAGGCCGCUGUGGCUCCAGAUCGCCUCUUUCGAACGCUGCCGCUCCACGCUCAGUUCCUCAAUCAGGCCACAAAUCUCAGUCCGCGUCUUCCGUCGAGUCCGCAUAGACCGGCGGAGAGCCCGCGGUCUCUAUCCCUGCCGUCUUCUUCAGAGGCGUUUCCGUGCGCUGCGGGGUGGACAUUCUGUGCGUCGGCGCCCGCGAGCGCGCGGAAGGAGAGGAAAGCCGCUGCAGUGCUCCCCCCCUCGCCUAGAUCCGCGGUGGCUGCUCCACCUCCCGCGGACGACGACGCGCCCACCGCCGGCCGCAGGGUCACGGCAGCCCGACGCCCGCUCUCGCCGCGUCAGGACAGCGACUUCCCGUCGGUGGCGAGUGUCGCUGAAGCCGGGAAAGGGCGGAGGCGGUCGCAUAGCGGAGGCCGAGAGGCUCCCAAGCGGCGGCGCGACAGCGACGCGAGUCCGUCGCGGAGAGUCGCUCGGCAAGAGCAAGACUCGAGUGAAGACGACGAGGGCGUCUUUCUAGCCUCGCGGACGUCUUCCGGCGUGGCAUUGCCCGCCUCACCCCGUCCAGAUCGUUCCUUUUUCUCGGGGCUGCUGGCUCGCGCGUUCAGCCUGAAGAAGGACUUGCUCUACGGCGGAGAGAAGUGCAGGCGAACUCGGUUUCCUUCUUCAGCUUCUUCGUCGGAGGCGUGCGCGCUUCCCGGUGAGACGUCUCGAAGCCCCGGCGGCUUCCCACAGGCGCUGCCGUCGCGCAUCCCUUUCUCGCUAGGCGGCGCGCCCGCUCCUACCCCGGCGCACGAAGACGCGCGUGAGGCCUGCGCGGACUCGGCGCGCAUCGGAGGAGGGCGACGGCUGUCGCUUUCGGGUCGACAGCCGUUUCCGCCCUUCUCGCUGCUUCCCCAGGCGCGCGCCUCGCCACUUGGCGCGCGAGGAAGGCUUCAGGUCGUGGCGGCGGAGAGCGAGGCGCGCACAGAGUCUGCAGAGGCCCUCCUCAGAGAGGCGGGAAGCCCGCGAGUCGGCGAAGGCCGAGGAGGCGGAGGCAGGACGCGCGCUGCAGAGGGAGGCGAGCGAGCGAGAGAGGCGUUCGCGACGCACGACAGAGCCGAAGAAGAAGACCAUUUCUCUGGAUACGGCGCCUAUUUGGCGUGGCAUGAAGAUAAGUGGCAAGAAACGGUUUUUGACCAAGUCGAGGUGGCUGACGUGGACAUCGAUCCGCUCGAGAGAGUCGGGUGUGUGGUGAUGUAG